AUGUAUCAGCUCCCAACAAUUGAGGAAUUCAAAUCACAAUCCGCACAACAGCAAAAGCUUGUAUACGAUCACUUAUUUGAACCAUGUGAUUCAGUAACUUGGUUCAUAGAUACAUAUGUCAUAAAAGAAAACUUUAAAACUUACCCAGAAUUUAUAGAGUUAGUAAGAACAAGACUACUACAAACUUUAAAUCAAACUACUUUUUUUAAAUCUAGAAAUUCCAAAGAAUGUAACACAUUAAUUGAAAACAUCAUAUCAGCACAUCCUAGGCUUGGAGCACCAAAAGGGACAAAAUUAAGUGAGCAUUCAACGAAUGAACAGAAGAAACUUGAGGGAAUACAAUCAAGGUUGAAAGAAUUAAAUGAACAAUAUGAAUCAACUUUUCCAGGGUUAAGAUAUGUUGUGUUUGUUAAUGGAAGAUCUCGUGAUGAAAUAAUUAAAAAUAUGGAAGAUAGAAUAGCAAGGAAUAACAUUGAAUUGGAGAAAAUUGAUGCUUUGGAAGCCAUGUGUGAUAUUGCUUUAGAUAGAGCUAGUAAAUUAGGUGUCAAAUUAUAA